AUAACCCUAGAGCCUCCUGCGUGUGCAGUGCGAAGUUGCGCUGCGACGAGAGAAGAAACUGACUUUUUUGUCGCGCAUCCCACUCUCCCGCGCGCGUACACCAACGUUAAUAUCCAUCUCUCAUCCACUCUCGACGUCGACGUCGCGUCGUCGGUCGUUGGUCGUCGUCGUCGUUCGCGUUCGCGUUCGCGGGAUUAGACAGUGUGCGUGUGUGUGUGUAAACAAUCGAGAAAACACAUAUACGUAUUUGUUGCAUCAAAAAAGUCAAUGCGUGUUCAUCGGAGCAGCAGUAGCAGUGCUCUCGUGUUGUUACAGUGCGCACACGCGAGGAGGACCACUCAACGUCGUCGCGGUCGUACUCGUCUCGUUGCUGCAUUUCCUCGACUCGAGCAUAUGAAGUUUGGUUUAUGAAUCUUAUCAGAAGACAAACGCGUGUCAACAGUAGCAGCUUGAACGACAACAACGUCGUCAUCGAGGACACUCGUGGUGCGUCGUCGCUCGCGCCGAGCGUGAGAAAGAGACACACACACUCUGACACAGGUGGUGGCUCUAUGCGAAAGAGCAUUUUGUUCUCUCUCUCUCUCUCUCUCUCUGCUGUAUAUAAAACCAGUAACAGGAGAAAGAGAGGAGUAUAGAGAAUAGGCUCUCUCUCUCUCGUCGCGCGAUAUAUCGUAACAUAGAGCGCGUAUAGAGGAGAACACACACACAUACAUAAACGCGUUAUAUAUUAUAGCCGCGUGCCUUCGUCGCUCUCGCGCUGCCGUUUUUCAAUAAAUGUAUAACUACACGCUAUACACCACGUUGCAAAAGUGAUAAGCGCGUGAGGUGGUAAAGGAUCGAAGAUAGAAAAAAAAAAAAAGAACACGGUGAUUUUCGGAGCAAAAAAAGCAAGUGUGUGCAUGUGGUAGAAUUUACCCUCUCGACUACGCAUGUACAAUAAACGUUUUUAUUAUAUAUCGUAACGUAUAUGAUACAUCGCCACCGCGUGUGUAUGUGAGAGUGCGUCAUCGUCUUUCGCCGUCGUCGUCGUCGUCGUCGUCGUCGUCGUCGUCGGUCGUAUAUAGUUGUCGUCGUUGGAUUCUACAGCAGCAGCAGCAGCAGCACUGGGCAGCACGCGGAGAUAUCUGCAGAGUUACGGCACACGGCACGGAGAGACAGUGUCGUGCGUCAGUGUGUGCGUCGUGUCGUGCGUGUGUAGUGCGUGCGUGCGCGUGCAGAAAUUUAGGAAUCCGUUUUUUUUUCCUUUUUUUUUUAUUACAAUUAUCACCCAGUCACGGCGCGCGUAGUAGCAGUUACAUACGAAUUAUAUCGUCUUAAGCAAUGGCCAAGGACAACAAUAGCCUCGAGGGUCCGUCGUCGUCGUCGUCGUCGUCGAGUAGACGAUCGUCGACCAGCAAUAGGAAUGCACCCUACGAUCCUAAUAACUCGUUUGUCAGAAAAGUAGCCACAAAAGUCUCAGAUCUAAUGCCACAAAAUUCAUGGAUCAGUAAGUGGUUCAAUAAUUCACAUGAUGAAGAAGAGCUACAAGCCAGUGAAGACAAUGAUCAAUAUCAAGAUAAACUAUCACAACCACCACCGUCGAAGCGACCAUGUAUACGCAUGGAUGUCACACAUCCACCAGGAACUUUUUCUAUAAAACGUACAAACAGGAAUCUAGCUAAAGCAGAAAAAGAAUCCAAAGAACAACAGUCAAAUCACAAUGACACUGCUCAAGACUUUCUAGAGCCUUCAACAGCUGGACAAAGAUUACAUAACUUUGUAUCUUCAACCCCUGCAUUUCCAAUUUCUAAAACCCACAAAAUUCCUGAUACGCGACCAACGCUAAACAUACUAAUGUCAGAAAGAAGCAAUGGUACAGCUAAUGGUACUGACAAUAAUUCAGAGUCAGGAGAAAGCACAAGUGGUUGUAGCUCCUUAAUUCCUCAAAAUAAAGAAGCACCAUCCAAUAUAAGCCAUUUUAGUUCUUCUUUUGGAAGCAAAAGGAGAUACAUUGAUGAAAAACUUAGUUUUACAAAUCACUUGCAAUCUUCAAGAUCACUCUUUUUAGAUUCUUCUACUAGGGAAACUUUGAGUAGCAGGCAGCCAAGCUUCAAUGCAGGUUUGGCAACCAGCAAUGCUUUGGAAAGGUCUUCAUCAUUAACAUCGCCCUUCUACAUGGGUAACACAAUGUUUGGAGGAGCUAAUGCUGCAAAUCUUUACAGAAGAAGUAAUAGUACUUUAUCUGACUCUUUAAAUCUACAAGCUCCAAAACGUACAAGUGUUCAAGUAAAACCAUCUGAAAACAAAUCUGAAAUGGACUCAUCAGUUAUGAGUCACACUGCAAGAAAAAUUUUAGAAACUCUAGAACAAUUUUCUUCACCAUUGACUGAUGCAAAAAAAAUGCCUGUGCGAAAUAUUAUGUCACCGUCAGUUAGUCGUAAGCGUGCGAGAGAAGAAGAAACAUCAACACCAAAAAUUGGACUGAGACACCUCACUCGUGAACUGAAUGUUCCAACUGUACCAGAUAUUCUUAGAUUAAGAAGAAAGCAAAGGCUUCAAAACACCACAGCUAAUGCCAGAAAAAUCAUGAAUGCCAGAAGUAACAGUGGACUCUUACCUGCUACCCAAGAAUAUCAUUUAAGGAUUGAUGAAGAAGUGGAAGAAGAAAAAGAAAUGCCGCAGCGUAACUUACUUAAAGCCAAGAAGAAAUCUAAGCUUGAUGAAGAAGAAACUGUAGAAGCUGUAAAUCUUCCUUCAGUAGCAUUACCCAUUACAAAUCUUCCUCGUUUUGACUUUGCAUUACCCCAGAGCACAAAGCCAAGUACACCUUCAGCUCCAGCAAAAUCAUUGGAGCCAGUAACUAUUGCCAAGCCGUCAACGCCACAAAAUCGGCUUCAAAAUAAGGAUGACUCCUUCCAAUUUGCUUCACCUAUUAAAUUUAAUGAAAACGCAAAAAAUCUUGAAACCAUCAAUGAUUUUACGUUUAGUAAACCAAUUACGCCAAGUAAAAUGACUUCGGGUAAUGUGUCGAUGAACGAGUCUCAUGAAUUAUCACGCACAUUGAGCGUUGAAUCCAAUGACACGAUGAACCGCACUUCAUCAUUUCCCAAUUUCAUGUGGACUGCACCGACAUCUACUACGAUCAAAAUGAAAGAAAAAGACAGCAAAUUUGAGGAAAAGAAAUCCAGUCCAAUGCCAAAAGUAGCAAGUGAAUUGAAAAAAGGCGCUAGUGUAAUGGAUUAUUUUGCUCAAAAACCAGUUGUAGUUGAGGAAGAUACAGACAGAUGGGAAUGUAAUGAAUGCCUGAUUAAAAAUAGUGGAAAAUCAACGAAUUGCACCUCAUGCAAGAGUCCUAGACACAGACAAGAUAGUUCAGACGAUAUUGAAAUUAUUGACGGUAGUGAUGAUGAUGAUAUUCAAGAAAUACCAAUGAAGAAGAAAAAAUCGAGCGAAGUUUCCAAACCAACUUAUAAAUCUCGACCCAGUAUUAAUCAAAUUAAUUCCAAACUACCGCCGAUGAAAGAUACUUUCAUGGCAAAAGACAAGCAACAACCAUUUUCAAACUCAUUGUCAUCAGUCACACCAAAUAAAGUUGGGAUGCCAGUUUCGAAUUCUCCACUGUUCAAUGCCUUAAAAUCGCAAAAACCUACAUGGGAAUGUCCUUGUUGUAUGGUUCGCAAUCCAGAGUCAGCUUCUACUUGCCCAUGUUGCAAUACUGCAAAACCAGGUAGUUUCCUUGUGAGCCCCAGCCGUACCAAGACUACGACCGAAACUGUGUCUAAUAAUGUAACAAACAAAGGUUCCGGUUUUGGAGAUAUGUUUAAAAAACCAGAAGGAACGUGGACUUGUGAUACAUGCAUGGUUCCAAACAAAGCAAAUGACGUCACAUGUGCAGCCUGUCAAACGCCUAAACCAGGCGCGGCUCCAGCGUCCAACACUACAUCUAUGCCAACAAUUAAGAGUAGUUUUGGGGAUCAAUUUAAAAAACCAGAAGGCACUUGGACAUGUGAUACAUGCAUGGUUCCAAAUAAACCUGAUGUUAGCAAGUGCAUUUCUUGUGAAACACCUAAACCAGGAAGUUCGACUUCUAAAUCGAAUUUGCAAUUCAAGUGCGACAUGCCAGCCAAUGCCGGCAGUUUCAAGUUUGGUGUUGACAAAGCUGAUGCUUCUCCUGGCAAAGCCUCAUCAACAUUGCCCAAAACGAAUGGUUUUAGUUUUGGCAAUACUUCGAACACACCCGCACCAGCAACUGGAUUCAGUUUUGGUAUACCUAGCACAAAGAAAGAUGAAACCCCUGCCACGGUACAGUUUGGAAUCAAACCAGCAAAUGACAAAGAAGCUGAAAAAUCUAAUACCACAGGUGGUUUUUCAUUUGGAGCUCAAAAAUCAGAUGCUCUUAAACCAGCUGAGUCUGGAUUUGUAUUUGGCGCUACAUCCUCAACUGAGAAAAAAGAAGAGAAAACCGAUUCUACGACUAUGGUAAAACCAGCGUCCACUGGAUUUUCAUUUGGAACGUCGACUCCAGCAGCAGUCCCUGCUGUUUCACUUAGCAAUGAUACAAGUGCAAACAAAGAAACACCAUCUUCGACACAAUCUACAACUUUACCAACAGCCAACUUUAUGUUCAACCCGUCUAAGAGUACUACUUUGACAGUCACACCCAAAGAAAAUGAAACAACCAAAAGUACUGAAGCCAAGGAAGAGCCAGCCAAACCAGUUCUCAAUUUUGGUGGACCCACGACAACGGAUUCUCCAAAACCGGCAAUGCCACAAUUUAGUUUUGGUUCCAACGCAAAGAAUGAAAAUAACACUUCGACAGCUUCCUUCAAUUUUUCAGCUCAGCCGAAACCCAGUGAAACAGGUUUUGGUGGAAUCAAACCGUUCUCGUUCGGUCAGUCGGCCGAAAAGGCAACACCACAAAAUGAAACUAAGACACCAACGUUGACUUUUGGCAAUGCUGGUGCAACUGCAGCAACACCCAAUUUUAGUGCUUCGACAAGUAAAGAAAGUUUACCGUCUCUGUUCGGCAACGCAACGCCAGCUGCCUCUUCAACAGAAAACAAACAACCGAUGUUCGGUUCAACGGAAAACAAAACGAUACCCAGUUUUGGCAGUACUCCGAGCCAACAGGAAAGCAAACUUCCAGCUUUUGGUUCUACUAGCGAUAAACCGGCAAGCGGAGGAUUUGCGGCAACUUUCAACGCUCAGCCGUCAACGACUCCGAGCUUGUUUGGCAAUGCGAAUCCACUGAACACAACUGUUUCAGCCGCACCAAGUUUUGGUGCGACUAACACUAGUACUACCACUGGAAUGUUUGGUGGCCCUGCCAAGCCAGCCGACACAUCAGCUCCCACGCCAGGAUUGUUUACAUUCGGACAAUCUUCAGCACAGGCACCAUCGGCGUCGUUUAAUUUUUCGGCUGGUUCGAAUACCAAGCCAAGUGCACCAAGUACCGAAUCAAAGAAUCUUUUUACAUUUGGCGCUUCGAGCAACAUACCAGUUGGAAAUGGCUUUGGUUCAACUACUACCCCAGCAAAUAGCUUUGGUACCCCGGCAGCUACACCAUCAUUCUCAUUCAACGCGCCAGCUAAAACCGACGGAUUUGGUCAAACUCCUGCCCAAAAUUCUCUGUUCAGCGGGGCAGCAGCUACAAAUUCUUUCUCUAGCCCGGCUCCAGCAAGCACUGGCUUUAAUUUUGGUGGCGCCAGCGCACCAGCAGCAAACAGCGGUUUCAACUUCGGUGGUAGCUCAGCACCUUCUUCAGGUGGUUUUAACUUCAAUGCUCCAGGCAGCACUGGAGGACCUAUUGCGUUUGACCCUAACGCCCAGCCGACGUUCAAUUUUACUGCGGGUAGUGGUGGUGCUCCUCCGGCAUUCAAUGCUCAACCUGCAAGAAAAAUCAAGAAAGCAGUGCGGCGAAUUUCUCGACAGUAAGGCCAAUGGAUUGUUACCGUCAGAUUUUAUCGAAUGUACUGUUAAGAACGUGAUACGUCAACGAAGGGGUUGAAUUAGCUUUAGCCAUUUUAACGGAGUGCGAGCAUCAAUUCGAUCUACCAACCAAAAGAAAUUGUUGUACCAAGAGAGAAAGGCAUGUAGUGCGGUGAAGACAAUUUCUUAUCUAUUGGUUUUAUUUCUUCAUAAAUGAACGUAACUUUUCUUCUUCAUUUUGUACAAAGUGAUUCGUUUCGUGUGCGUUUUUUGUACUAGUGUUUUAGCGCGUCGUAACGUUGCAUCGUGCGAAUUUUGUAAAGAAAAAAAUUAACGAUAAAUCAUGCAAUUCAUUCAGUGAUUCUGCGUUAAAGUCGUGUUGAAGAUAACUAAUGAUUAACUUCAAAAAUUAUCAACGAUAAAUACUCUAAAGAGGCUGGACCCGGAUCGAGAGUGAAAUACAAAAUCGCGAAACGAAUUAAUGAUAACGAUUGAAGUUCAAGAGAACGUUCCUGGUAUCAUCAUCAACGUUAGUUACUUUUUCAAUGUCUUCGUCAGACGGUCUAUUUCAUUUUUUCUCUGUGUUGACACAAUGCUUAACGCUAUUGAAUACUAAUCUGUGAUCGCAGUUAUUGUAACUGCGUUUGAAUGUUGUCCUUUAAUUAUUUCUCAAUGGAUCACUUUGCGAUGUAAUUCGAAGAAAAAAUACACUCGCGAAAAAAGAUUCGCUGGUUUUAUUAACGAAGGUUCUUUAAAUUAAAGAAUCUAUAAUCAACGAUAUGCGUUGUUCUAAUAAAAAUAAAAAAGAUUUAAAUUGGCAUCUCGACGAUGCCACUAUCAAAUUAUUGAACGAGUCUUUUUUCUCGAAAACUGCCUAUACAUUUACGCGUAUAAUCAACUCCGAUUCAUUUUGGAAGUAACAGACAUGAAAAUAAGAAAAUAAACAAAAAAGACGAAAAGUUACAUGUAAAACACUAUUACAAUUAUAUAUUUUUUAGAUAGGUCAACUCUUUAAAGCGUGCACUGGUCAGUCCUACGAGCGUCACUAAAAUAUCGUAGCACUCUCCAAGUGACGAAAACUGUAAUAUAGAUUUAUUAUUAUUAAGUGAAAAAAAAUCAUGAGCUAGGUACACGUGAGAAAAUGGCAUUCGGACGAGUACAAAAAAAAACGGUCGAGCCACGAUGAUGAUGGCCAACGUAGUGAUUAGCCACGCAAUUGAAAUUGUAUAUUUUUUUUAUACGGAACAAAAUAAGAAAAUUUGUACGGGUGGAAACUGUACUGAAAGUUUUCGCUUAUUGCACAUACAUACAUAUAUAAAAGUUAAUUAUACUCGAGAAGAAUAGAUACGUUAAAUAAGCUGAAUGCCAUUUUUGUUUCAAUUUUAUUAUGUAUAUGUUAGAAAGAACAUAUAUGUAAAAACUAUAAAUUAUAUAAAUAUAUGUAUAACUUUAAAUAACAUUACGGACGCAUAUGUUUUUGAAAAAAAGAUGAAGUGCGUACAUAGAUACACAUAGUUAGCCUCUGAGUGUUUUGCUGUCAAUGGGGAAAUUAUUACAUACAAUAAUAAUGGAGGGAGAUUGAGCGUUUAUUACGAAUAUUAUAGUUUUUAGGCAAAUUUAUCAACAUUACGUAGGGUACAUAAUAUAUUUCUUUUUUGUUUAAGUGUAUCGGACUUCCGAAAAUAAAGCUCGCCGUACGAUUUUAUUUUUGUCUUUGUACACAUGCACACUGUGAAAAGAAGUGUCCAGUGAUCGAAGCGCACAUUGUAAUUGUUUAUCUACUGCAUGAAGAUGAUAAUGAUUUUCGGAAGUCCUGCCUAGAACUAUUUUGAUUUUGUGAUAAGAGCCAUCGUGCAAAAACAAGCAGAAGGUUGCGCGUGGUGCAAUGAAUCAUUUUUGAAUUUAAAAUCGAGCUUAUUAAAAUAUUUAUGCAAUCGAGUUGUUUUUAUUCGUAAUUUCGAGCGAUGUAAAAUAUUUUCUAACGUUUCCUCAUCAAAAAAAGUUUUUGUCUCUUCACAUCGUCUUCCACUGUAACGAUGAAUCUUAACCGUUAUUGAUUCAGUGCGUAGACGUGUUUGCUCGAAAUUUCGAAGAAUAUGAAAGCAACGUGCAACCUUGUGCUGCAAGUGUUAUGUUUUUUUAAUUCUCGUCAAUAAAUCUUGGAGGCGACAAUUCAAAAAGCAAAAAGAAAAUAACAAUAGUAAUAAUUAUAGAGGACACGCGAAUGGAAAAAAAACGUUUGAGACGACGAUUCGUUGUUGCUUCUUAUCCUGUAAAAUAAACUAUUUGUACAGAUCCGGAGAACGUCUAAAGGUUUUUGCAACUGACGGUCUGAAAGACUUUUGAUCUUCAUGUAGAUUGGAUAAAAAUUAUAUAUUUAAUAUUAAAUAAAAUUGUUUCAAUUUCAUGAAUACGCAUACAUACCAUUCAUCAAUGAGAGACUGUAAUGAUCAUCAUCACAUGAGAUGAUAUGCGUGCUAUUGAAUUGACUCGCAGCAGCGUUAUUUUUUUCAUGUGCGAUGAUCGAUUAGAAUUAUACUGAUUGAAUUGGAAAAAAUGUUCAAUCUGGAUAUUUAUAUCUUUUUCUACUGUUUGAACAGUAAAUGGAUGCAGUUGGCACUUCGAUUAUUAAAAAUAAGAGUCUCAUUUUACUAUUUCAGUUUAAAAUUGAUUUCAAUUGCAACAAUUUAUGAUACCUUGACAUUCGUGAUGACAAAUAAAUAAUGAACCAAUGUUAAUUUUUAAUUUUUAAUCACAUUGGCAUAUUCUUCACGCCAAUUUAUUAAAAACUCUAGUGAAAUGAUGAAUUUUAUUCCAACUUUCGCUAUUUUUAUGAUAGGAAAUCAUUCAAAAUAUUUGAACAAAUAUCAGACAUGUCAAGGAUUCAAUAAAUAGUCGAUUGAUAUUUUAUAAAUUACGAAUAAAUUUGAAAAAAACAUAAUUAAAAUUUCUUGCUAUGCCACUGAUAAGUAAAUGUUAAUGAUAACUAGAAAUUACCAAUCGUGAACAUUCUCUAUAAGCUUCAGACGUAUUUUCGAUACUAAACGAUCGACAACUAAAAUCCAAAAGAUGGAUUAAAGUACUGCCAAGUUUAAAGUAAAAACUCUACAUUAUUAAAUUUCAACUUCGCCUGACGACUUAUCAAUCAAGGACUUAAAAAACUCAUGGCUUUUAUUUAAUGUUUAAUUUUGACCAUAAAAUUAUGCUUUGACAUCACACGACUAAUUCGUGCAAUUUGUUUUAUGAUCUCAUGAUACUGACUUUAUUUUAUAGCUUUUAAUUUAACGUUUCGAAAAUUCAGUCAAUUGUAAAAAACAAUAUCAAUUAAGACAAAAAAGAAAAACUUUUUAUUGUAAAGCCCGAAAUUGUAAAAGUUGUUAGAAUCCGAGGCCUUAUUGAAACAAUUAUUAUAGUCUGCAGUGCUCUUUUAACGAAUAUAAAUGUUAGCUUAUAAUAAUAAUUUGAAAGAGAACGAUUUAACUACAAAUGACUGACUAUUAAAUAAUGAAAAUAAUUCUUGAAAUGAAUUAAAAAAUUCAAAGUAAAAAUUUUUGAUGCAUCUAGAAAUCGAGAGAAUGUUCACCUUGCAAAUAGAAAUUUUAUAAUUCUAGCAGCGAUAUUAUAACAGAUUAUCUCUGCGUGCGACAAAGAGUUUGAUUUCCUCCGUAAAAUAAGAAUGAAAAAAGAAAAUGAAAAAAUUUUUAUAUUCGUUGAGGCUGAUGUAUCGCCCUUGGUUGGCGAUAGCACAAUCGUGAACUACGUAUGUGAGAGUGCACUGUCAAGUAUCGAACUUUCGUUGAGACCUUUUGUUUGAAAAUUGUCAUUACUGAUUAUAAAGUUUGUUGAUUAACUAUUUUGUUUACUUUUUAAAAAUGAUUAUUUUGUUUCAAAGAAAAGAUCUGCUAUGAACGUUAUAUCUUGUAUUAAAAUGAAUUCUUGAAUUUGUCCUCCGUAUGUUUUAAUUUGAUUGAAAGAGUGCAGAAUUCGAAAAUUAAUACUCCAUUGUUUUCAUAGGAUUACUUAACAUUUUCCGAAACAUGCAAAAUGUUUUUUUAUAAAUUAAUCAAGGAAAGUGCAGAGGUCUGAACCAAAGAAUUUUUUAGUUCUCUGCAAUGGAUGAACUUACACCAUUUUUUUAAUAACGUUUUUAAAUUCUCAUUGUUCUUUUCCUGUUGCUUUUUCGAUUGUUGACACAAGCAAUUUCUUGUAAUAUAGUGUAAAAAUGAACGUAUUAAGGAGCAUAGCGCUGAAAUUCUUUGGAUCAUACCCUAAGAAUAUGCUAACAUGUAAUUUAAUAAUGUAAAAAAAACUAUUCAUUGUAAUAAAACAAUGGAUAAAAUGGCUGAUUUUUCUGGUAAAA